AAAGUUUUAUUUUGAAAGCGGAAACCGGAAGUUCUUUUUUUAUUUUAAUAGAAACGGUGGCAAGAUGGCGAUGCCCAUGAAGAGGACGCUGGUGGCUCUUCACAGAGCAACAUGUAGCAGUUUGAAGAAUGCAGAGGCGUCUCUGGAUGUGCGGCAUCCCGUCCCACUUUUCCUGCCGGUCCGGACCAAGAAGCGGUACUUUAUCCCUCCGGCAGUGGGGCUGAAGGGGAAGAGGGAAGAGAACACGGAGGCCAAGGCCCGAGCAGCAGGCAUUGUCUUCAGACAGCAGUACUUUGAGAGGCCCAUCAACAUCGCCUGCACUGCGGGAAUCUUUGACCCCUACAUCCCUCCAGAGGGUGACGCUCGUCUUUCCAGUCUGUCUAAAGAAGGCCUGAAGCAACGAACAGAACAGAUAAGACAGAGCGCUGCCUCACAGCUAGCGAUUCGUAAAAUCAAAGAGCACGACUCUGAGUUCCAAACGAAGGAUUUUGCAGAGCGAGCUCAAGAAAUCUUUAUUGAGGCUCACAACUCCCUGACACAUUUCAACAAGGAGAAACUUCACUCCUUGGUGACAGAAAGGUGUUAUCCUGAGAUGACGAGGGGGAACCGCUACAAGACGAUCCGCUGGAGGUUUGUAGAGUCCCUGGAGCCGCCCAAAGUGGUCCACGCCCGCUGCCCCGACAUGGUCACCAAAGGCAACCUGUACGGCCAGGUGACGGUCCGCAUGCACUCCAAACAGACUCUGGCCAUCUACGACCGCUUCGGGAGGCUGAUGCUGGGCAGCGAGGAGCAGCCAAAGGACGUGUUGGAGUACCUGGUCAUAGAACGACACCUCGUCAACCCCUACGGCCGAUGGAGGUUACACGGAAAAAUAGUGCCAUCCUGGGCUCCUGCCAAAGACCCAGUUAUUAAGACUGUCAUGAUUCCUGGUCCAGAGCUGAAGCCAGGACAAGAGUUUGAGGCCCUCGACUAUGAAGUUCCCAAACCAGAGGCGGUUCAAUGGAACAAAUAGGCCACCAGGUGGCGCUGCUCUUUUCAUCAAACCACAGUAGGACAUUAUUUGCAGUCAUGGGCCAAAUGCUGUUUAAAAUAUGGCUGUGGCUGGUUAGUUUGUCCACUUUGGCAGGAAACCAGGCUUCCUUUGAAGGCUCUUAUCUCUAAAUGCUGUUGGCUGUUGAAACGGUGGAAGCAGCAGGUGAGUUUUAGGAUGAACAAACCACUGUGUCCUGUAGCCAAUAAAGCUGCUUCUUUCCCUACGACGAAUUAUUAUCAAUAACAGUCUGGAAAAUAAUAACAGCUCUUUUCAUGACUUCAGAUUUCACCAUGACUCAGAUUUGUUUCACACAUUUUCUUUUUUCUUUUUUUUUAAAGGAGACUAACUUAAUGUGUUCAUGUAAAAAAAAUAAAUAAAUAAAAUGUA